UUGUCGUCUUCCUCGUUCUUCUCCACCUCAGUCCAGACCCAACCCAACCAUUUUCAUGGCUUCCCCUUUCUUUUUGUACUUAUUCCCUGUCCGAGCCGACUCGCCGGUUCCACUCGCUCGCUCGCUCUCUCUGCCCACUGAAUCUAUGGUAAAUGCCGAAUUCAAAUUUUCAAUGAGUUUAAUUUAUUAGAUUUGACUCGAAGACUCUCCUACCGAGAAGGGAGAUUGAUUUCUGUGUCCCAGACUCCCCCAAAAAAAUCAAAACUUGAACCUCUCCCAGUAGAGAGACAAGAGAGUGGGGUGUUGCUGUUUUUCUCUGUAAACGAGCGUUGAGCCUUCUCUCUUUCGCGGUGAGCUUCGUCCUCUCUCGCUCGCACUGUCGUCUUCUUCUCUCGCUUCAAAUCUCGUUGUCUCUAGCGUCUUCCAUUUCCUUCUCUCGUCGUCGCUGCUUCGCAGAUCUGUCGGCGGCUUUUCCCCGCCGGCCACGAGGCUUCCGUUUCGAGACAGGGAGACCGCUUCAGGGUGGCGAGGAAAUGGCGAUUGUCGUCUGGUUGAUGGCGUUUUCGUACUCCCUCGCGAUGUCGGAAGCUGUCGCUUUGGCUUCCAGCGACGACGCAAUGUCGCUGCUCAGCUUCAAGAGCUCGGUAUCCACCGACCCCUCUGGCCUUCUCUCGGGGUGGAACGACUCGACGAGCCAUUGCACUUGGUACGGUGUCACGUGCGACCGGUCCUCCGGUAGAGUGGUGGCGUUGAGUGUCGGAGGGAGUUUGACGGCGUCUUGUCCGCUGGAGUCGCAGCUCAAUUUCACGAGAGAGGACUCGUAUCUCGCUGGGGAGUUGCCUGAGGCUAUCGGAGACCUGACGGAGCUCCGGACUCUGUCGAUACCUUACAAUGCGUUCUCCGGUGAGAUCCCGGCGAGCAUUGGGAAGCUCCGGUUCCUCGAGGUUUUGGAGCUCCAAGGGAAUAACUUCUCUGGCGUGAUUCCUGUUCAAAUAAGGUACCAUGCGUUUCUUCGCUUGGUGAAUUUGUCGUGUAAUUCAUUAUCCGGUUCCAUACCGAGUGGUCUGAUUGGGUAUGGAAGACUAGAUGCGGUUGAUCUAUCCAAUAAUCAGCUUUCUGGUGGGAUUGAAGUGGAUAAAAGCAGCGACUGCAAGCUUUUGAGACAUUUAAAGCUGUCAAAUAACUUUCUGGUGAAUAGUAUUCCACCUGAGAUUGGAAAAUGCAUUAAUAUGAGGACUCUGUUGCUUGAUGGCAACAUCCUCGAGGGUAGGAUUCCACCCGAGAUUGGUAAUAUCGCAGCUCUUCGGGUUUUAGAUGUUUCCCGGAACAGUCUCAUUGAUAGGAUCCCAAAAGAGCUAUCUAAUUGUCGGAACCUAUCUGUUAUUGUGUUGACCAAUUUGGUCGAUUAUAGUUCGAGUAGCAAUGGCUCGAUGGAUAGCCUCAGAGGGGAGUUCAAUGCAUUCGCAGGGGGGAUUCCACAUGAAAUUUUCCUGCUUCCAAGUCUGCAGAUUUUGUGGGCACCGAGGGCGAAUCUUGGGGGGCGGUUCCCGACUAAUUGGGGUGAGUCUUGCUCGCUGAGAGUCCUCAACUUGGGUCAGAAUUAUUUUGCUGGUGUGCUGCCUGAAGGCAUGGCGGUCUGCAGAAAGCUUUCCUUCUUGGAUGUGAGUUCGAAUAAUUUGAUGGGUCCUCUCCCUUCCCCAUUGCUGAUUCCAUGUUUGCUUUACUUCAACGUCAGCCAGAACAACUUAACUGGCGUUCUUCCCAAGUUUCUGCAAGGCAGUUGCACCGUUAACACGUUCUUCAGUGAAGAAAUAGUUAAUGCAGAAGAUCUUCGGAAUUCCGACUUGGUCAUGUGGACUUCUAGAAUGGGAAUUUCUUCUGGGUCCAAUGUAAAUGGUACCUCUGCAGUGGUUCAUGAUUUUAGCUGGAACAAAUUUGUUGGCCCGUUGCCUCAGUUUGUGUUGGGAGAUGAAUUUCUGGGAACUGAUAAGAGAUCUUCAUACAGACUCUUACUGAAUAACAACAAGUUCAAUGGGUCUUUUCCUGUCAACCUAAUCUCGAACUGCAGUCAUCUUCUUAGCUUUUCGGUGAACCUGAGUGCUAACCUGAUAGAGGGCACAGUUGAUGAGGUAUCGCAUCUAGACUGUGAAGGGCUAUCCGAAUUUAUAGCAGCAGACAAUCAGAUUAGUGGACCAAUCUCUCCUAGUAUUGCGAACUUCAUGACGCUUCAAAUUGUCGACAUUCGAAGAAAUAGAAUACAUGGAUCUCUGCCUGGUCAAUUAGGGAAUUUGAAAAACGUCAAUUGGAUGCUUCUUGGAGGAAACAAUCUAACUGGGGAAAUUCCAUCUCAACUUGGUCAAUUAACUUCACUAACAUUUUUGGAUCUUUCUCAAAAUGCUCUGACAGGAUCAAUACCUGCAAGUUUGACAAAUGCCUCGAAUCUUGUAAAUUUGCUUCUUGAUCAUAACAGCCUCUCAGGGGAGAUUCCUCAAUCUUUUUCGGCCCUUCCCAAUCUUGUGACUCUGGACCUUUCUUUCAACAAUCUUUCUGGCCAUAUUCCACACCUUCAGCACCAGAGCGAUUGCAGUUCUUUCAGAGGAAAUAUUCAUCUGCUUCCUUGCCCAGAUGCAUAUGUUACACCUCCAGCAGGGCUUCCAGUGCCGUUGGAAGUUAAAAGGUCUCAUGGCCCCAAAAAACUAAAGCCUCUCAUCAUUGCGCUGGUAACUUCUGCUGCUAUUAUACUCAGCGUGCUAAUAAUUGUGGUCCUUGUCCUUGUCUUUGGAAGGAGAAAGCUUAGUCGACUUACUAGCUUGAGAAGGAAAGUGGUUGUUACCUUUGCAGAUGUUCCAGCUGAAGUGAACUAUGGUAGUGUGGUUAGAGCGACGGAAAAUUUUAGCAUCCGGUAUCUAAUUGGUACUGGUGGAUUUGGCUCAACGUACAAAGCAGAGUUGGUCCCAGGUUUCCUAGUAGCUGUGAAGAGACUCUCUGUUGGUAGAUUUCAAGGCAUUCAGCAAUUUGAUGCAGAAAUAAGAACUUUAGGGAGGAUACGGCAUAAGAACCUUGUUACUCUUAUUGGGUAUUACGUGGGAGAGACAGAAAUGUUCUUGAUUUAUAACUAUCUAUCUGGUGGAAACCUUGAAACCUUCAUACAUCAGAGGUCUGGAGAAAAUGUGAAGUGGCCAGUGAUCCACAAAAUAGCUCUUGAUGUAGCACAGGCUCUGGCUUACCUCCACUACUCUUGUAGUCCCAGAAUUGUUCACAGGGACAUUAAGCCAAGCAACAUUCUGCUGGACAAAGAGCUUAACGCCUACCUUUCAGACUUUGGGCUCGCUAGGCUCUUAGAAGUUUCUGAAACACAUGCCACGACGGAUGUAGCUGGUACGUUCGGGUAUGUGGCACCAGAAUACGCAACCACAUGCCGGGUUUCUGACAAGGCAGAUGUAUAUAGCUUUGGUGUUGUACUGUUGGAACUGAUGUCUGGGAAGAGAUCAAUUGAUCCCUCAUUUUCUGAAUUUGGGAAUGGGUUCAACAUUGUGGCAUGGGCCAGGUUCCUAAUAAAGGAGGGCCGUCCGUCUGAGCUAUUCUCUACAGAACUACGGGAGGCUGGGCCCCUGGAAAAUCUUACAGGGAUGCUAAGGCUUGCAUCAGUUUGCACAGCAGAGUCACUCUCUGUUCGCCCCUCGAUGAAGCAGGUUGUCGAGAAGUUGAAACAGUUGAAAUCUUGAGUUGAACAAUGCUCAUCGACUUUUUGUAUUUAAAGGGGAGAAAUUGGAGCCUCCUCUUACCCCAGUAAAUUUUAAUCAAGGUGAGUAGUUUUUGCAGACUAUAAGUUUGAUCUUACAUUUAAAGGGACAACCAAAAUCCCGAGACAGUGGAGAGGGCAUGAGAUCUUCUUUGGACUGAUCUCUUGGCCAAAUGUUUUACUUGGAAAAGAGGGACAAGGCUCUCUAGCAAAUACUUGCGAAAACUGUGAUAAAGGAGAGAGUUUCAUGUCACUAGCUUCUAUGUUCCUGCC